AUGCCAUUUACUGGAUCCAAAGGACCAAAUGCAGACUACAGUGGCUUUUCUCCAGUGGAGAUUUUCUACUUAUAUUUCACUGCUGCUGUUUGGGAUCUCCUUGCAACUGAAACGAACAGGUAUGCAAACCAGUUCAUGGAGGCUAAACCAGGUACAUAUCAUUGGGCGAACAAUCCCACAAACAUAAAUGAGAUGAAGGCAUUUGUUGCAAUCCUUCUUGCCAUGGGAAUAAAGAGAAUGCCACAAUACCAUAUGUACUGGGCCACAUCCGAGAUGUUGAUAAACCGAUUUUUCCCGUCAAUUAUGCCCCGUAAUCGGUUUCAGGCCAUCUUGCGGUUCUUGCAUCUUGCUGAUAAUCUUGCCCCUCGUCGACCCCAGGCUCCUCGUAACAAACUUGUCAAACUUCAGCCGUUCCUCGAUAUCACGCUACCAGCAUUUUAUUCCGCCUACAAUCCUGGACAACAGCUUUCGCCGGAUGAAAGUAUGCUCAGUUUCAAGGGACGACUGAGUUUUGUACAGUACAUGCCAAAGAAACCGGUAAAAUGGGGCAUGAAAGCGUUUUCACUGAAUGAAUCGAAAACGGGAUACACAUGUGCAUGGCAACUUUACACCGGUCACCGGGACUACCCCGCCGUCGCUCCCCGUCUUCUUCAACCUGACCCAUCUCAAGACCAUCCAACGGACCUAUACGUGAGUGGGCAUGUCAUUCUGGACCUUAUCAAAGGUUUUGAGAACAAAGGUCACACCAUAUAUUGUGAUAACUAUUACACAAGCCCGGCAUUGUUUUUGAAAUUGACACAACUUGGAUUCGGGUGUUGUGGAACAGUAAAAUACGCAAGUAAGGGCCUGCCAGAAAUUGCAAAUCCAAAGAAAAACAAGCUGAAGAAAGGAGAUGCCCCUAUUUUCCACAGUAAGGCAGGACAACUUUGUAUUUCUUGGUUUGACAAGAAAUGUGUCAAUGUCCUCACCACUGUUGGUAAUUGUACCACCAUGAACAAGCGUGUACGGUGUCGUCAUGGUGAAAAUGGACACCGCGAAGUUAUCAAGCCGAACUCAAUUGAUGACUACAAUAAAUUUAUGGGAGGAACCGACCCAGCCGACCAGUUAUUCCAAUAUUACAAUCACGGUCACAGAAGCGUCAAGUGGUGGAAACGAGUUUUUUUCCAUCUUCUUGAGGUAUGCAUGGUGAACGCACACAUCGUCUACACAAGUAUUCCCGACAACAUCAAACUUACGUCACUGAAGUUUCGACAGGCAGUCAUCAGAGGACUUCUUGAAGGCUGGGAUCGUGACCAAACGCGUCGAGGAAGACGAUCGACAAGGGAAAACUUGCCCGCACGGCUCACAGACCGUGGUCAUUUCCCUGGCCGUGCUGCUGGCUACCCAGACUGUAUCGUGUGUAGCGACCGCUCGAAGAAGGGCGGGCGAAAACAAACAAAAAUAUGCUGCACUAAAUGCGAUCGUCCAAUGUGUGCAGUACCAUGCUUUGCACGCUACCACACUAACUUGCAUUGA